AUGAAUACUAGUCCAUCACGUCAACAUAAAUACAACGAUGAUUCAGCGGAUGCCAAAUGGAUUGCAACGCCGAAUGUGGGCAUACGAAGUCGUACAGCAAUAUUACAACCAGUAUCAGCAAUGAAAUUAGUUUUUGAUGGAGUUUCACUUGUUAUUGUACUUCUAACAUGGUUAUUAUUUAAAUAUCUUGUUAAACCAGUUAAACGAGCAUUUUUAUGUUCAGAUUUAAGUUUAUAUCAUCCACCACCGGAAAAAAAAGUUUUUCCAACAUGGCUUUUAUUCGUUUGUGCAAUUGGUAUACCAUUGGUUGUUAUUAUCCUCUCUGAAGGUGUUCGUUGGUAUUAUUUAAUUCGUAAAAAAGCAGCUAAAGUAGUUUAUAAAAUUCAAAUGGGUUCAAAAGUUAUUGAUAUACCAGAAUGGUUAGGAAAUCUUUAUAUUGUCGUUGGUGUCUUUAUUUUUGCUAAUUGUUGUAAUUCAUUUUUAACAAAUGUUGGCAAAGUAACUGUUGGACGAUUACGACCACAUUUUAUUCCAUCAUGCUUUGAAAAAUAUUCUUAUAAAGAUUUCUGUCAAUAUCCCAAUGAAUGGAUCGUUAAUUAUACAUGUAUUGGAGAAUCAGUUGAUUUUGUAAAAGACAAAGAUGGUGCCCAUGAUAUUCGUCAAUCAUUUCCAUCUGGACAUUCAUCAUCAGCAUUUUGUGGUUUAAUAUUUUUAGCUCUUUACAUCCAUAAAGUUUGGAAUUAUCGUAAUAUUGGUCUAUUUCCGUAUGUUAUGGAAAUGCUUUGUUUUGCAUUAGCUGCUUAUAUUGGUAUUACACGUAUAACAGAUAAUCGUCAUCAUGCUACAGAUGUUCUUAGUGGUGCAAUUUUAGGAACAGUUGUGGCUAUCAUUGCUUUUCGUUAUAUGGUUGGUUCAUUUAAACGAUCAGUUCUAUUAGAUCUUGGAACUGGAACAGCAACAGAUUAA